CUCCAGACAUGGCCAGAGAACGCAACAACCCCGAGUGCGUCGCCCUCCUCGAGAUGGCGGAGAAGGCCUACCUGAUGCGACGAGCCCGGCGCCUCCUCCGAGAGGGCGAGGCGUGGGCCCAUGUGCUUGAAGAUACCUUAAGGGGCAUGCCGAGGUGGCUGACGGAGAGGGUACGGGGGGCGAAAGAGAGAUGGCCCUACAUGCAGCCCGAGCCCGAUCUGGACGAGGAGGUCGUCGAGACCGAGGACGGGAAGCAGGACCUGAAGGAGGAGGGGGGGGGCACGGGGUGGGAGUCGGAAGCAUGUGAGCUCAGGAGCCCUCUAUACUCCUUCUCCGAUGCCUGCGAGGAGUUGGAGGAGGAGGAGGAAGAGGAAGUGGGGGAGGGCGGGGACGGCCGGGAGGAGAAAGUGCUCUUCGACUGCCCCUCCCUCUACUUCGCAGCCCCCCCCUCUACCUCCCCCUCUCAGCCCUCCGUCCUACCUCCUUACUUCCACGCCUUUUCGACGGCUUUCGCAUCCCCCUUUUGCCGACAAAUGUCUACGACGACGCCGAGGAGGGAGGGGGAAGAGGAGGAGGCUCAGGACAAGGCGAGGCAGGCUGCCUCCGUGGACAGCGCCGUCGCUCAUUACGUUAAAAGAAGAAUGUCGUACGACGUGUUCCUGACGCUCCAAGAGCUCGUCGUUUGAGAGGGUGUGAGAGGAGGGGUUAGAGGGCGGUGGACGAGGAGCACGAAGGACAAGCUGUUGCAGACGGCGGAAAUAUUAUGAAUCCUUUCCCUGUCGUUUUCAGUCGGUGCGCUUAAGCCACCGAUCAGCCCCUUUGCGCAAUAUCUUUCCCGCAUGCCAUAGAAAUAGAGCGAGUAUAUUUGGCAGGAUUCAGUAGAAUUGAAAGUUGUUGGCUACCUAUCAAAACGAACAUCAAUAGAACUGGAUGAGGAGUAAUUUGACCUAAAAAUAUCCAUAUAGUCGAAUAAAGUGUUAGAAGGACAUAGAGAGCGCAUCAUUGAUCAAAUCCAAAAAUAUACAUAAGUAGGAAGAAAAAAGGCCAAUACGAGCGAGGAGCGUCAGGUACCUGGAAGAGCCCAAAGAGAUGCCACCUUCGAUCGAUUGACCGCUCGUCAAAUGAGCAAUCAGCCAAUUUAAAUAAACACACAAGGAUAA